AUGCUUUUACUCACCAAAACCAUCCUCUUCUACUGGGACUUCCUUGAUGUACAAUCUCACUCUGCAAAGGGCAAUAUUGCAGGAUUUGGAAAGGUAAAGGACUGGGCAGAGAAACUUUCAAGCAGCAAGGCCAUCUGCUCUCCAAGAGUUAGUGCUUCCAGUACAUCACAUUCCUGUGCUUCUUCACUUUCAAAUGUGACAUCCUUUGGGGUCAAAGGGAGUACAAGGUCUACUCAUUCAAGUGCCACUCAACCACCACCCACACCUGCAAGUGUCAGCAGUAGAGUUGUGCCUGUUUCAUACCCAGGUGAAGACAGUGAAUUGGCAGAGAUUGGGAACUACACACAGGAAAGCAUCAGUAAGGGAAGCAAUGCCAGUACUAGGGUAUCCAUUGAAGUGAUUGACAACAUACAUUCCCCAUCCAUCAGCCCACCACCCCCAUCCCAACCAUGCAUCAUUGCCAAAACUGCAGUGUCAGCAAAGCCUGUGAAGAGUGAGCUAUCAAUGUACUAUGACAGGUUGAGCUCAGAUGAUGAGGUGAUUGAAGUAGAUCAGGUGUCAACUCCUCCAAGAGGAUCUUUGAAACCAGCCUCUGGUCUCACAGGUGAUCUUCAGGAUGCAAUGCAGAUAAUCUGGGAUGAAGUUUACUGUGGCAAAGUGGAACAUUAUAUUGCUCCUAGGGGGCCAGUCUUCCAUGUGCAAGAGGAUUUUUCAGCAGCCAUGUUCCACUUGGAAAUGAAGAUAUCAACCACUGAGGUUUGCUGGGCAUUGACUCUAGCUGCACAUGGUAACCUACAACUCAAAAAACUCAUGUCUGGAUCAAAGCCACAGAAGUGUGCUGUCCUGUUGAAAGGUGAUUCUGGUGUGACCUGGGAGGUCAUUAUCCCUGAUGGCAAACCAUAUGGAUUCAAUUUCCAGAUGUGGGGUGAGAUGAUGAGGAAGCUUUUGCAGCCGAUCAUGGUACUCUCGAAUGUGAACUUUUCCACAAUUGUUGAAGAAACUCAGUGCUAUGUCAAGGUCAGUGCAAAGGGGAAAGAGAGAUCCACCAGAAGUAGUGGGUUCAAUGAAGAUGAUGAUGACAAUUUCCAGAAUCUGUUCAAGUUUCAGUAA